AUGUUAAAAUUACUUCUUAUUUUCGAACUAUUCUAUUUAAUAUCAUCUUCAUCUGAUAUUAUUAUUGAACCAAUAAAACUCGGUGGUAAUAAUAUUGCAUUUAUAUUUAUACCCGGUGCUGAAUUACCACCUGAUCGUUAUGUUCCAUUACUUAAACAAGUUCAAUUAAUAUCAACAAAUUCUUUAUGGAUAGCUAUUCCAUCUUUUCCUGAUGAUUUUCCACUUGAAAUAUUACGUCCAAAAGUAAUCGAUGAAAUUCUUACAAAAUUAUAUAAAUCAGGAAUGUCAAUAAAUACAACAAUAUUUCUUGGUGGUCAUAGUUUAGGUGGUAUUACAUCACAAUCUUUAGCAUAUAAAUAUAAAAAUAAAAUAUUUGGACAAAUACUUAUUGGUUCAUUUCUUCAACGUAAAUAUCAAACAUCAAAUACAAUUUAUCCCGUAUCAACAUUAAUAUUAUCUGGUGAACUUGAUGGUUUAGCACGUGUAACACGUAUUAUUGAAUCAUUUUAUUUUUAUUCAACUUAUCCUCAUUUUACAUUAAUUAUCACAGGUAUGAAUCAUAUGAAUACAGCAUCAGGUAAACCAACAGAUCAUAUAUUAAAAAAUGAUAUAAAAUCAGAAAUUAAUGAAACAAUUGCACAUCAAGAAUUAUCUAUUCGAAUAAAUGAUUAUAUGAAUAUGCGUUUAAAUAAUCAAACAAUAACUCCAAUACUUGAAUAUAAUUUAAAUCAAACAAAAAUAUUUUCUCAACCAUAUCUUAAUGCAUUAAAUCUUGAAGGUAGUCAAUGGAGUACAUAUGGACAAAAAAUAAUGAGUGAUCUUAAUGAUACAGUUCAAUUGAAUAUUUCUGAUCAAUUUCAUAUUGUUUAUAAAAUACCUGAAUAUUUUCCACAUUUAGAUAAUAAUUGUUCAUUAAUAAAACCAUUAAAUAAUUGUAUAUUAUAUGUUCAUACAGUAACACAAAAUAUAUAUGAUUUAAAUGAUCAAUUUGAUACAGGUGAAACACAUUCAUCAGCUGAAGAAAUGCGUGUUAAAAUGAUUUCAAGACAAGUACUUUUACAAGCUGCUGAUGGUAAACAACAUGAUUUUAAUCAAACAGAUGAACAAUCUUUAUGUGGUUUAAUUAAUCAAUAUUCACUUGAUUGGGCUUUAAAAAAUGCGGCAAAAAAAACAAAAGAUAGAUAUGACCAAAUAGGAAAACAAAUGAUUAUUGGAGAUGAUAUUGGUCCACUUAAUGUUGGUCCAUUAUGGAUUUGGACACCAUUGCAAUUUGAUCUUGGCAAAGAUAGUCAGGGCAAAACAAUUGUAACUGUACGUUCACCAACACUUCGAUUUCCAAAUAAUUAUCCUGUUUCAUCCGUAGCUGGCUUUCAUUAUUGUAAAUUAUUAAGUCCAGGUCGAGCACUUGAAUGGAUUUAUAAAGUACAAGUUCGCAACAGUACCCAUACUCAUACAGGCAUUAACGAUUGUAAUUAA